ACCAUUUCUCGACCGGACUUGUAGUUGUUGUUGUGAUUUUAAGUGAGGUGGACUUUGUUGUAUUUUUCAUUAAAAAAAAAUUAGAUGGGGUUGGGUGCGACUUUGAAGUGGCUGGUUCUGGCCCAUGUGCUGGCUGCAGCCCUAGGUGAGCCUUCAUACUACCACCAAAGAGGGUACCCGUACUACACAAACAGUUACACUUACUACACCAAUCCGUUCAGACAGUAUUACAAUUAUUACAACAGUCCGGCUUAUACUAAGUACAGAAGUUGGGACAAUUAUUACAAUUACAAAAGCUACAGCCGACCGACGAGCUAUGAUGAUGAUACGGUUUAUGUUACUGAUAUGUAUGGGAACACCAGAGCGUCGUCGGCCAGGAGUUUGAGAGCCAUGGCCUACGUUUCGUCGUGUUCAAGCGGCACUUGCGGCCAAAACGCCCAAUGUUCCAUCAUUGGAGGACGUCCAGUGUGCUCCUGCUUCAAAGGGUAUCUUGGAGACCCCAUCACUUACUGCAAAAGGGCCGAAUGUCUCGACAAUUCCGAAUGUCGGGGGCAUUUGACAUGUCGCAGUGGGCGUUGCAUUGACCCUUGCGAUGGUACUUGCGGAGCUAAUGCCCUUUGUACCGCCAGAAACCACCUCCCGGUGUGCACAUGCCCUCCGGGUUAUACAGGAGACCCUUUUUCGCACUGCCGACGUUUCGACCCCUCUGAAUUAUGCCACCCAAGCCCAUGUGGUGCCAACACCCAUUGCGAAGUGGUCAACGAGACGCCCACCUGCAAGUGCCUUCCGGGGUACCAUGGCUCACCGAUCAGUGGGUGUCGCCAUGAGUGCGACAGUGACAGCGAAUGUGGGCCUUCUAUGGCUUGUAUCGAGUUUAAAUGUCAAAAUCCGUGUUCACAAUGUGGCAAAAAUGCCGAAUGUGAUGUCAGGAAUCACCGACCGGUUUGCAAAUGUCCGAAAAAUUAUUUCGGGAAUCCCCUGGUGUCCUGCCAACCUGAGUGUUACGGAGAUAGGGAUUGUCCAGCAGGAAGGCCAGCUUGCUUCUAUGGGAUUUGUAAAAAUCCCUGCGAUGGAGUCUGUGGAGUUGGGGCCAAUUGUGAGUUAAGGGGAUUGACUCCAAUUUGCUCCUGUCCGAGGGAUAUGACGGGAGAUCCCUUCAUUCACUGCCGGCCGUUCGACAAACGUGACUUAUGUGAACCAAACCCUUGUGGGGACAACGCGCGUUGUGAGCCAGGCCACGACCGAACAGGAAAAGAACGUCCAGUCUGCACCUGCCAUCCAGGUUACGUAGGAGACCCCUUGGUGUCCUGUCGUCCUGGCGAAUGCACCGAGGACUCCCACUGUCCCGAUUCCAAAGCCUGCAUCGAUUACAAAUGCCAAAAUCCGUGUGUAGGGCAAUGUGGGGUCAACGCUAAUUGUAAUCCUAGGAGACAUAUUGCUGUGUGUACGUGUGCCGAAGGGUUCAAUGGGGACGCUCUGACUCAGUGCCAUAGGAUUCAAGGGGGGACUUAAAUCACUGCCAAAUAACGUGUAAUUUUAUUUAACGAAACAAUAAACACUUCUUCUAA